AUGGUAAUAGCUUCACACUUAUUGUUUAAUAGGGAGCUCACAAAUCCUUGAGAAUGAAGAAAAGGUUAAUUAAAGCCAAUAAAUAAAAUAGACCAUUACCAAAUUGGUUCAGAUAUAGAACUGAUAAUACAAUCAGGUAUUUCAAAUUGCAAUUUUUAGAUAUAAUUCAAAGAGAAGACACUGGAGAAGAACUAAGCUUAAUAUCAAUUGA